UGUUUGCCGGGAGAAGAAAGCCUCCAGUCCGGCUUGAAAAGCAGUUCGUUUGUUGGCCAGCGCCGUGAAAAUGUCGACAAGGAGCCCGCACAAAGACGACAGGACGGCGGGGAGUAAGAAGAACAUUUCCCUCCCCGUGUCUCGAGUGAGACUCAUCAUGAAGAGCUCGCCGGAUGUGUCCAACAUUAACCAGGACGCGCUCUUCCUCACCACCAAGGCGACGGAGAUGUUCGUGCAGCAUUUGGCGCUGAGCUCGUUGAACCGGGAAAGCAACAGCUUGACUUACAGCGACCUCGCUAACACCGCGGAGGAGACGGAAACUCUGCAGUUUCUCACAGAUAUUCUUCCCAAGAAGAUCCUGGCCCGGGACUACCUCAAGUCUUUGGAGGACAUGCGGGACCAGGAAGAAGGCGACCUCUCAACCUAACAUCACUUUGUCCUUGGAAGCUUUUAAAAUGACUUGACAGCUUUAUGUUAGCACUAGCAUGUUAGCAUGUGAGCACUUGUUUGUCAAUUGUUGGCAUUAGCAUGUUAGCAUUAACAUGUUAGCAGUUAGCAUGGCACCACUAGCAUGUUAGCUAUAUGCAUGUUAGCACUGGUAUGUCAGCUGUUAACAUGAACAUGUUAGCUGCUAGCAUGUUAGCACUAGCAUUUAAGAUGUUAGCAUCUUAGCUGUUAGCAUGCUAUCAAUAGCAUGUUAGUGGUUAACAUGUUAGCGCUAGCAUGUAAGAUGUUAGCACAAGCAUGUUAGUAUGUUAGUGGUUAGCAUUUUAGCACUAGUAUGUCAGCUGUUAGCAUGAACAGGCUAUCUGUUAUCAUGUUAGCACUGGCAUGUAAGAUGUUAGAAUGUUAACUGUUAGCAUGCUGUCAUUAGCAUUUUAGUGGUUAACAUGUUAGCCCUAGCAUGUAAGAUGUUAGCACAAGUUAUUGGUUAGCAUAUUUAGACCAACGUGUUAGCUCUAGCAUGUUAACACUAGUAUGUUUGCGCUUAGUGCUAACAUGUUAGCUGUGAGUUGUAGUAUGUUAGCAUAUAAGCAUUAGCAUUUUAAUGUUGGCAGUUAGCAUGUUAGCUGUUAGCAUCUGAGCACUAUUAUGGUUGUGGUUAGCAUGUUGGCACUAGUAUGUCAGCUGUCAGCAUGAACAUGCUACCUGUUAGCCCGUUAGCACUAGCAUAUAGGAAUGUUAGGUGUUAGCGUGCUAUCAUUAGCAUGUUAGUGGUUAUCUUGUUAGCACCAGCAUGUAAGAUGUUAUUGGUUAGCAAGUUUAGACCAACAUGAUAGCUGUUAGCAUGUUAACUCUAGUAUGUUAGUGCUCAGCAGCUUAGCACUAAAAUGUUAGCUGUGAGUACUAGUAUGUUAGUAUAUUAGCGUCAGCAUUUUAGUUUUGGCAGUUAGCAUGUGAGCACUAGUAUGGUUGGGGUUAGCAUGUUAGCACUAGUAUGUCAGCAUGAACAUGCUAUCUGUUAGUCCGUUAGCACUAGCAUGUAAGAAUGUUAGCUGUUAGCGUGCUAUCAUUAUCAUGUUAGUGGUUAACUUGUUAGCACUAGCAUGUAAGCUGUUAACAUGAACAGGCUAUCUGUUAUCAUGUUAGCACUGGCAUGUAAGAUGUUAGAAUCUUAACUGUUAGCAUGCUAUCAUUAGCAUGUUAGUGGUAAUCAUGUUAGCACUAGCAUGUAAGAUGUUAGCACAUGUUAUUGGUUAGCAAGUUUAGACCAACAUGAUAGCUGUUAGCAUGUUAACACUAGUAUGUUAUUGCUCAGCAGCUUAGCACUAAAAUGUUAGCUGUGAGUACUAGUAUGUUAGUAUAUUAGCGUCAGCAUUUUAGUUUUGGCAGUUAGCAUGUGAGCACUAGUAUGGUUGGGGUUAGCAUGUUAGCACUAGUAUGUCAGAAUGAACAUGCUAUCUGUUAGCCCGUUAGCACUAGCAUAUUGGAAUGUUAGUUGUUAGCGUGCCAUCAUUAGCAUGUUAGUGGUUCACAUGUUAGCACUAGCAUGUAAGAUGUUAGCACAAUAAUGUUAACUGUUAGCAUGUUUAGACCAACAUGUUAGCUUUUAGCAUGUUAACACUAGUAUGUUAGUGCUCAGCAGUUUAGCACUAAUAUGUUAGCGAUGAGUAUUAGCAUGUUAGCGGUUAGCAUGUUAAAGUUUUUGGCAUUUGUGUUAAAUAGAUGUAAACAGUUGAAAAAGUGUCUUAUUGGCUGUAAAAUAUAAAAGUUAUAUUUUCCCACAUCUUA